AUGGCUUGGUGGAUUCGAUACCUGCCUUUGCUUAUUUUGUCAGUAUCUGUAGUAGACAGCCAGUUAGAGGUCAACAUCACAACCGGUACAAUACGAGGUUUCAACAAAACAGUGAACGGGACAUCUGUGAACGAAUUUUUAGGUAUUCCCUUUGUCAAACCUCCAGUUGGGAACCUUAGAUUUGCAAAGCCCCAGCCUGCGAGCAACUGGACGGGGGUGAAGGACGCCACGGAGUACGGUCCAGCUUGCAUGCAGAGACCCAAUCCAUAUGGAUUUCCUAAUCCUAAAAACAUAUCUGAAGAUUGCCUGACACUCAACGUGUUUGUUCCUGAUACCCCUGGCGUCAAAGCUGUAAUGUUCUGGAUUCAUGGCGGGGGCUACUUCACUGGCGGAAGUUUUCACUAUGAUUUCACUGAAUUUGCUGCAAGAGGCGACAUCGUCGUUGUAUCAGUAAAUUAUCGCCUGGGACCAUUUGGUUUCCUGAGUAUAGAUGGCGCUAAUAAUGCAACUGGAAAUCUGGGACUGUGGGAUCAGAUUGAGGGACUGAAGUGGGUACAAGACAACAUAAGAGCCUUUGGUGGUGACCCUAAAAAGGUUACUAUAUUCGGAGAAUCUGCCGGGGCUAGCAGUGUCUCUCAGCUUGCUCUUACCACAAAAGCCAAAGGCCUUUUUCACCGUUUCAUUCCUCAGAGCGGGUCCGCCUGGGCAGAGUGGGCGUGGACGACGGAAAAAGCUGCAACACUUUCUUUAAAGAUUGGUGACAUUAUAGGCUGCCACGCCGGGGAGACAGAAAGGUCAAAACUCCUCGACUGUCUGCGGGAAACAACAGCUGAUCGAUUCCUAGACGCGAGUAUAGUUGCUACCACAGGCGUCCCUGGGAUCCUCCAUUACAGCGGUGAGGUCGAUGGCGAUAUGUUCCCAGAAUCCUUAUCAGACAUGUUUAAAAACCCUGAUUCAGAAGUCUCCCGGCACUUUCGUUCUCUGGACUGUUUGGGAGGUUUUACUGACGGAGAUGGGGCCAUAUUGACCCAUGACAUCGAUAACGGGAUCACCCCUGCAGAGUUACGAGACAAGUUCAUCCCUGAUUUGGCCAAGCAAGUGUCGCCUGGCCACGAAGCUGAAAUUGAGAACGUUCUGAUGAAGGAAUACUACAAUAGCGCAGCUAAUCGAUAUGACACUGCUAACCGCUAUGUCGACAUCAUGACAGACUGGGCGUUAGCAGGACCGGUGGCAAUUCUCACAGAUAAACACUCAGCAUCGGGUAAUGGCUCUACAUAUCUGUACUACCUCACAAAGGUACCUUCAUAUGGCUAUGUUUUGAAAUUCCCUCCUUGGUUCUAUCGGUCAAACCACGCAGACGACCUUUCGUACCUCCUCGGUCCAGAUCAUCCAACUAUGUUUGAUGACGGCGUCGAGUUCGAUGGCGGAGACAAGAGGAUUUCUUAUGAAAUGAUGAAGUAUUGGGCGAACUUUGCUAAAACAGGGGAUCCUAACAAACCAGACCCGCCGACUACAAACUGGCCGCAAUACACAGCAACCGGGAAAGAGUACAUCGAGUUAGGUGACGUCACCAAGCCUGCCUCUGACGUCAUACCCAGUCGAUGGAAGCUGUGGGUGACCACCAUUCCGGGGAUCCAGGCUUCUACCGUCUCUGCAGCUGGCGGCAUUCGUCCCCCAUUCUACGUCAUAGUGGCGGGUAUGAUGUGGGCCUUGGUGGCACGUCCUUAA